AUGUUAAAGGUGUACGGCAAGACUACGGUAGUGAGCAAUAUAAACUUGGAAGCGUCCAAAGGGUACAUAACCGUGUUACUCGGCCACAACGGCGCUGGCAAGACUACCACCAUGCGAAUGAUCACCGGGCAACUAGCUCCUUCGAGCGGCUCGGUGUUCAUCGAAUCCCAGGACGUGAACGCCAACAGCCGAGCGGCGCACGAAAGCCUGGGCGUGUGUCCGCAGAGUGACAUCCAUUUCCGAGACAUGACUGUCUUCGAGCACCUCUACUUCUUCUCAAGGGAAUGCUCUAAUUGCAACGCGCAGCUCAAGAAGGUUCCCUUCAACGAUGCCCACGAGCAGACGUUCAACCUGCUCGUUCUCAUGAACAUGGUGUCCAAGACGUGCACUUUCGCCAAACACUUGUCCGGCGGCAUGAAGCGAAAGCUUUCCAUAGCCAUCGCGCUCAUUGGACACUCCAAGGUCGUCAUCUUGGACGAGCCAACGGCUGGCAUGGACCCGGCGGCCCGGCGCGAUAUGUGGGACCUGCUCCUGUCGGAGAAGGUGCAGCGCACGAUACUGCUAACCACACAUUCGAUGGAAGAGGCUGACGCCAUUGGCGAUCGUAUCGCCAUCAUGUCCAAUGGCAUCGUCCAGUGCUGCGGGUCGCCCUUCUUUCUCAAGAAAAAUCUUGGUGCGGGCUAUCACAUGGCGAUCGUGAAAAAGCCGACAUGCGACACGCGCGCCGUGAUGGACGUCGUGAUUGCGUUCGCGCCAUCGGCUGAGCUCGAGAGCAACGUGGGGACAGAGAUGGCGCUGCGCAUCGGGCGCUGCGAUCAGCCGGCCUUCAAGCACCUCUUCAGCCAUCUCGAAGAGAACAAGGAGAAGCUAGGCAUCGCCAGCUUUGGAGUCUCCGUCACCACUCUCGAAGAGGUCUUUCUUCGAGUUGGUGACUACGCGGCCACGGCAAUGUCAAGACUGCGCAUGCCCGAGCCUGACCAACUGCGUGACACUGAAGCCGACACGCUUCUGGGCGCACUGAACUUUUCGGACCCGCUGCGGCACGGAAGUCGGGAGGACGCCAACGGCCCCCCACGGCGCAACAGCGGCUCGCGCCUCCUGCUGCAGCAGACGUGGGGUCUUCUCGUGCUGCACUCGCUGCACAGCCGGCGCAACUGGGCCUUCACGCUGUCGCAGCUGCUCGUGCCGAUAUUUGUGGUGGCCUUCACGCUCACCUGGAUCGACAGCCUGCCCAGGGUGCACAAGCCGGGGCCCCGCGUCCUAGACGUCAACCUGGUGUUCGCCAGCGACCUACCGUACGCUUUCCAUGGAGGGGCGUCCGCCUCGCUCGCCAAACAGUUCAAAAAGCAAUUCACCAGCAAGGUGACUCCAAUACUGGUGGAGGCGGGAAGCGUAGAAAGCUACCUGGUGAAUGCGUCCGUGCUGGAAGGCAAUAGCUUCCUGACAAGCACGCUGAUUGCGGCCAGCUUCGAAGACGAGGGUUCCGGCGGCAGCGUUCGCUCGGCUCGGCUGCUGUUCAACAACCAGGUGUACCACACGCCAGCGCUCGCCCUGGCCGCCUACCAGAGGGCACUGCUGCACGAGAGGUUCGACAACGCGUCACUCAAGCUCACCGUGGUCAACCAUCCGUUUCCCAGGGUGGUUGAAGAGAAGGCCAACAAGCUGAUCACUAUGCUGCGCGAGAGCUUCCAGAUCGGCCAGCAGGCCAUCUUCGGCACCUCGUUCCUGAUCGCCAGUUUCUCGGUGUUCUUGGUGCUGGACCACGUGAGCAACUCCCGCCACCUGCAGCGCAUCUCUGGCCUCAACAUGAUCGCCUAUUGGAUGGCCUACGCCAUUUGGUCGAUGCUGCUCUACAUCUCCUCGUGCCUGCUCGUCAUGACCACCUUCCGCCUCUUUAACACCCAGGGAUUCACCGACCUACGCGAGCAAGCGGUAAUGUUCCUGCUGUUCUCCUACUUCGGCCUGUCGUGGCUGCCCACGAUCGCGGCGAUGUCGUUCUUCUUUCGAACACAGACGGCCGCCUACGUUCGGAUCGGGACAGUCUUCUUCGCUGCAGGCGUGUGCGGUCUGGUGAUGGUGGCGGUGCUCGAGUGGAGGAAAGAGCCCGGCUUAGAAGACCUCAUCGACACCACCGACUUCGUGUUUACGUACAUAUUGCCGAUGUACGCGCUUGGGCGAGCAUUCUGCCGUCUGUACCGCAACGCGCACUACAACAUCGUAUGCAACGACUACUACACGCAGAACGUCCUCUGCGAGAUCGCGCCCAACCGGGCGCGCUACUGCUGCAAGGACUACUGCCGCGCGAACGAGUGCAUCGACUGGCAGCCGGACCUGCUGUCGUGGGGCUCGCCGGGCAUCACGCGUGCACUGUCGUCUUUCAUCGUGCACGCGCUGUUGGGACUCGUUGUGCUGUGCGCCUGCGAGGCGAAUGCCGGCUUCUUCACCGAACGGCUCACCGUCAGCGGCUCAGCUAGUGGCAAGUCGGGCGCAUUCAACGAGCAGAUGCAGGACGACGACGACGUGGCGGAGGAGAAGCAGCGCAUCCUCGCCUCGACAGUGCCGGAGCUCGCGAAGCGCGACGUGCUGGUGCUGCGGCGGCUGUCGCGCUUCUAUGGCUCGUUCUGCGCCGUGCGCGAGCUCUCUUUCGGCGUGCGCAAGGGCGAAUGCUUUGGCUUGCUCGGCAUUAACGGGGCCGGCAAGACGACCACUUUCAACAUGCUCACGGCCACCAUCGGUCCCAGCGAGGGCGACGCCUUCGUCGACGGCUAUUCGGUCACCAACAAAACGAAGCAGGUUCGCCGACGGAUCGGCUACUGCCCGCAGGCAGACGCUCUGCCGGACUUCCUUACGGGCCGCGAGGUAUUGACGUUGUACGCGCGCAUCCGGGGCAUACCCGAGAGCCGGGUCGGGGACGUGUGCCGCGCGCUCGCGCAGCUCUUCUACUUCACGCCCCACCUGGAUAGCACGCUGGAUACCUACAGGCAAGCUCCAUCGCAAUUGUCUUUUCGGCACGAGCACGUGACCAUGCAACGCGUACCUUUGGUUCGACGCAGUGGCGGCAACAAGCGCAAGGUGAGCACAGCCGUGGCGUUCAUCGGCAGCCCGCAGCUGGUGAUUCUGGAUGAGCCGUCCACCGGCAUGGACCCGGUAGCCAAGCGCUGCGUCUGGCACACGCUGCACGAGCUCAUCGUCCGCGGCUGCAGCAUCAUUCUCACCUCUCACAGCAUGGAGGAGUGCGAGGUCAUGUGUAGCCGGCUGGCGAUCAUGGUGAACGGCUGCCUGUGCUGCCUCGGUUCGCCGCAGCACCUGAAGAACAAGUUCGGCAGCGGCUACUCCAUCAUGAUCAAGGUGGCUGGCGCCAAGCCGUCGGUCACUUCGCUCACGUCGCACAGCUCGUACAGCAGCAAGGACGAGUCGCUGGGCACCGAGGUGGACGGCGUCAAGAGCUACAUGCAGGCGCGGCUGCCGGGUAUCGAACUGAUCGGCGCGCACAACGGACUGCUCGAGUUUCACCUGUCGGCCCCCGACUUGAGCUGGGCCGAAGUGUUCGACGUCAUGGACCAGGCCAAGGGCGUUUUCAACGUGGCCGAUUACUCGGUGGCGCAGCUCACGCUCGAGCAGGUCUUCCUGCACUUCGCCAUGCUUCAGCGAGAGCACCACAAGUGACGUCAUCGCUUGCUGUGUAUGUAGUUGCGGCGUUGGUGCACUGCCGUUUGGUGGGGGCAACGGA